GGAGAGUGCGAGGAGCCAGGCCAGGCCAGGCCUGCUCUGCUGCGCUCCCUGCAACCAGCAGCGGCAGGAUGGAUGCUGCGCUAUUGUGAAAGGCGACAUUUGGCUGCGCCGAUCAGGAGGCAAUGUUGCCUGGGUAGCUGCGGGCCGGUGGAAGAGGCAUGCAGCCGGCUCGGUGCAGGCUCUCUGCGGCCCCAGAACCAGGAGCGGGAGGCGUUUGCUGGGCCUCUGCCGCCGCCGCCGCCGCGGAGGAGGAGGAGGAGCAGCAGCAGCAGCAGUAGUAGAAGUGGCUGCCAUUUUGGAGAACAAGGCCCUGGAGGGUUUGCCUGACCCCAUUGUUGCUGUGUUUGCUUCACAGGUUGAUGCCCGCCGCACAGGAUGGAUCAGGCCUGCGAAGUGAGCAGGAGGGGCUACCUGCCCCCCUUCGCCAGCCCUUUGGCGUUAGAUGUGCCGGAGAACGGGGACGGCCCUUACGGGGGGGAGGGUCAGAGCCGAAGCCCCGAGCCACCUAAUGGGUGCACCAUGCAGUCAAAGGCUGCUGCUGCUGCUGCGCCCUAUGGCCCAAACCCUUCCCCCUGCUACAUCCCGCUGCGCAGGCUGCAGGAUUUGGCCUCCAUGUUCAGUGCCGAAUAUUUAAAUGGCUCAAAAGAUGGCUCUGAUUGUUUGCAGGAAGUUGAAAGGAGCGACUCCAGCGCGGAGCUCUGCGAUUCUUCAGUCUUAACCGACUCAGAAGACUUCACCCGGCAUGACUCGGCAAGACUCCUGGAUUUUGAUUCCAUCUCUCCUUGCUUGGAGGACGACCCGGAGGUGGAUUCCGAAACAUCAUUCCUAAAAGCAGAUGAAAGCCCAGAAGAGGAAAGUGAGUUUAUGAUGGAGGACAGAGACACCGGCACCUACAGUGAGGAGGGAGAGCCCGAGGAUGGGAUGGAGCUGAUUGAGGAGAUCCAAGGAGGACGCUCCAUAGAAAUUAGACACAAUGAGACAAUGUCUACCUUGUUCCCAAUCGGCUUUCCUCGAGAGCAAAUACAAAGUAACACUUGCAAAGAGGCUGCAGUAGGAAAUAGAACUGAAAAACUAGACCUGCGCCCAGUGUCUUAUUUUCCUGGAGAUACAGAUUUAAAAACAGAAAAACAGUGCAGCAUUACGAAGAAGGUAUCUGAAAAAGAAAAUCCAGCCCAGGGUCCCAUCACUCUAGGAAACUUGAUAGAAAGGCUUGAAACUUCAAUUACUGCAAAAUCAUCAACCUCAGCAGCAGCAGCAUUGCCACCUGGUCGAAAUAAGAAGAAACCUGCUCCGGUGAAGUAUGAAACUGGAGAUCUUGUAUGGGCAAAGUUCAACAGGCGUCCAUGGUGGCCCUGUAAAAUUUCCCAUGAUCCUGUGCUAGACACGCAUUCAAAAAUGAAAGUGUCCAAUCGCAGACCACAUCGAGAAUACUAUGUGGAAGCCUUGGGAGACCCAUCUGAAAGAGCUUGGGUUGUGGGGAAAGCUAUUGUAGUCUUUGAAGGAAGACAUCAGUUUGAAGAGCUGCCUGUCCUUCGGAGAAGAGGGAAGCAAAAAGAGAAAGGUUACAAGCACAAGGUUCCUAAGAGGUUUCUGGCAAAAUGGGAGAUCAGUGUUGGCCUUACAAAUGAUUAUCUAAAGCAGAACAGUGCUCAAAAAUACAUCCCGACUUCCAGCAAACCGGACAGUGAGAAGGAUGUGCAUUUAAUGGGAUCUUGUACAAAGGACUCCUUAAAUGAACAGAGCAGACAACUGAAUGGAUGUUUGAAAUCACUAACAUUGGACUCCAAACAUUUGACCCAUGAUAAGGGGAAAGUGUUCACCAAAUCCCGAAACAAGAAGAGCUCCGACACCCGGAGGAGAACUAGAGUAAGAAAAAGUAGCACCAAAAUGGAGGCAUCCAAGAGAGAAAGUGUGGGGAAAGGGCCAGUAAGCAAAGCUAAAAAUAUGGUUGCUGCAGAUAUGCCAGAGAAGCAGGCUUCUCAUGAACUUUGCAGAAUAGCAAAGAGCCUAAUGGGAUCCAAAGGCAGCAUGGAAAACUACUUGCUCUCUUCUUUUGGAGAAAGACAAUUCGAAAACAAAUAUAAGAAACCAGGGUUUGAUAUCUCUAAUAGCAGCUGCCAGCAGGAAACAUCCAAAGCGGACGUGAAGAAAAAGAGAAAUCCAGCAGGCUUCACGUGCAGUUCAAAGCUACAGCAGCACUAUUCCAGAACUGAUGCUGGAGCAGAGAGGAAACAAAUAGACUCUGAUUCAUCGGAUAACAGUACCUGUGAUCUAGACUCCCUUGACCAAAGUUUAGCAGCAGCAGCAGCUUAUAGUGUCUUGAAGAAUAGUGACUCUGUAAAUAAAAGUGGAAAAGAACUGUGUUCCGGGCAAAGAGAUAUUAAACAUUCUGCACCUGUCUCAAAAAGCAGCAAUCGAAGCCGCAAACCUCCAGAAGGUUCUCUAGACAGGAAUAUCAAUGUUGAAACAGGAGGUGAGGAAUUCCGUGAGCCAUCCCUUGCAGCUGAGGUGGCUUCAGUUUACAGGAAUGACAAUCUUAUCAAUGUAGAUAAGCACACUACACUCCAAAGUAAGGGGUUUAUAAGUCAAAUGGAUGCAAAACAGCCUCAGUUCAGAAGUAUAAAAUGCAAGCAUAAAGAAGCUGCUGCUGGGACAGACUCCUCUCUUAAGGAAGAUGAAUGUAGCCCCGACUGCUGCUUUUCUGCUACCAAAGGUUCUCCUGGGUCUCAGUUAGAUAUGCCUAACAAAAGUGGGAAGGCUGAUGGCCCCAAACUGCUGAACAGCACAAACGAGAAACCCGGUGAUUCUGCUGAAAUAGAAACGGCAGUUGUGAAACACGUGCUUUCAGAACUGAAGGAGCUGUCGUAUAGGUCCAUGAAUGUUGAAGCGAAAGACUGUGGGCCGCCUCAGACCACAGUGCCCUUACUCUUUUCAUCUGUCUCUGGGCAGAACCAUUUGCCUAUUGAGCCCGAUUAUAAAUUCAGCACCUUAUUAAUGUUGUUGAAAGAUAUGCAUGAUAGUAAGACGAAAGAGAAGCAGAUCAUGACUACUCAGAACAUAGUCUCUUAUAGGAGUUCUCACAGCGAUGAUAGUUCUGGAAGUAACACUCCAAGUGAUUUGACAUCUUUGCCUACAAUGGGAACCACUCAUAAAUUAGAAAAAAGCCAAGAUAGUGUUCGAGAACCAGAGUGUCAGAAACCCAAAGAAGGUCAGUCCUCUUUUUCACAUGGUAUCGCAACCAAGUUGAUCGAUCCCGGUGCUAACAAAAGGGAACUCACAAACGCUUCUGUUUCUGGUACAAACUGCACCGCAAGGCGCAGCUGUCCAAAAUCUAAGCAGCUAUCUAAACUAGUAGCUAAUGCAACAUCAAAGAGCAAAACACUAAAGCGGUUGUCUAAUUCAGCUGAGAGUGUGCCCCGCCAGGAUAGAGCUGCCCAAGGCUCAGUUGCUAGUGCUCUAGACAAUGCAAAGGAAGAUGUUGCAAGGAAAGUGUCUUGGGAGUUGAUGGGACACUCCCCUGACGAAGACUCUGCAAGUUCCUCUGAUGACAGUUUAGUUCGUAUAAGAAUGAAGUCAGAAUAUGAUAAAAAGAGAGAGAGCUGCAACUCCUUUGAAAAUGGGGAGUUGGAUUCAGGACUGGAUAGAGAAGGCUCCUUGGGUGAUGAGCCUAGAGAUGUAUGCCACGUAGCGCCCAAAAAGCGAUGGCAGCGUUUUAACCAAAGCAGUGCUAAAGCUGCUCAUUCAGAGAAGAAACGCCUUAGGAAGCCAAGUAAGCGGCUUUUGGAAUAUGCAGAAGAAUAUGAUCACAUAUUUGCACCUAAGAAAAAGAAGAGGAGCCAGGAGCCAUUUCGGAAGGCAAGUUCUCUAGAGAAGUCUGAAAUCAAACAGGAUUGCAGCACUGGCAGGCAAGCUCGUAACAAACAUCUAGAAAAGAAGCCUCUGGAUUCAGUUUCGUCUGCUUCUUCGUCUAAAGAGUCUCCUCCUGUUCUUGAAGCUGAGCGGUCUUUGUCAGAUGAGCCCGACUCCCAUGCCAUGGAACCAAGAUCAGAAAUGCCAGUUUUGACAUUGUCAUCACCAAAUGUUUUGGAAGUUGCUGCUGCUGCUUCUCCUUUGCAGGGAGAGAGACAGUUAAUGAAGUCAGGGAGUUUUGAGAGUAAGCGCCAGAGGAAACCAACAAAAAAGCUGUUGGAAUCCAAUGAUUUGGAUACUGCAUUCAUACCAAAGAGAGAGUGGACUUCCAUAAAGAAGUGUUCUGAGGCUGGUCCUUUGGAUACUGAAAUGUCUGAGUUGUACUCCACAUCUCAGCUUCUGGACACUGGUGAAGCUCCUGAAAAGGUUCCAGGCAAACAGAGAAGGCGAAAGCGGCAACGACGUACUUUUGCUUCAGCGCCAUACAAGAAAGAAAAGGGUGAAGAUGUACUGGGAGAAAAUGCAAACUCUGAGGGAGAUAGGACUAAUCAUGGAACAGCUGGAAGCCCCAAGGAGACUAUUGAGGAAGGGUCUGAAAAUGACCAUGGAGUGCCUUCAUCCAAACGGAUGCAGGGGGAGCGAGGAGGAGGAGCUGCUCUCAAGGAGAACGUGUGUCAGAUCUGUGAAAAGCCAGGUGAAUUGUUGCUCUGUGAAGCCCAGUGCUGUGGAGCUUUCCACCUGCAGUGCCUCGGGCUCUCAGAAAUGCCGAAGGGCAAGUUUAUCUGCACUGAGUGUUCCACAGGGGUCCACACGUGUUUUGUAUGCAAGAACAGUGGAGAAAACGUCAAGCGGUGCUUGCUUCCCUUAUGUGGGAAGUACUAUCAUGAAGAGUGCAUACAGAAGUACCCUCCCACAGUCAUGCAGAACAAGGGCUUUCGCUGCUCACUGCACAUCUGCAUGACUUGCCAUGCAGCCAACCCAGCAAAUGUCUCCGCAUCUAAAGGUCGCUUGAUGCGCUGUGUCCGAUGCCCUGUUGCAUACCACUCGAAUGAUUUCUGCCUCGCAGCUGGGACUGUGAUCCUUGCUUCCAACAGCAUGAUUUGCCCAAAUCAUUUUAGCCCUCGAAGGGGCUGCAGAAACCAUGAGCAUGUAAAUGUCAGCUGGUGCUUUGUUUGCUCAGAAGGUGGAAGCCUUCUGUGCUGUGAAUCCUGCCCUGCCGCAUUCCACAGGGAGUGUCUGAACAUUGACAUGCCAGAGGGGAGCUGGUACUGUAACGACUGCAAAGCUGGCAAGAAGCCACACUACAAGGAGGUGGUCUGGGUUAAAGUGGGACGUUACAGGUGGUGGCCAGCUGAGAUUUGCCACCCUAGGACCAUCCCUGUCAACAUCCAGAAAAUGAAGCAUGUCAUCGGUGAAUUUCCUGUGCUUUUUUUUGGAUCAAAUGAUUACCUUUGGACCCACCAAGCUCGAGUAUUUCCCUAUAUGGAAGGAGAUGUGAGCAGCAAGGACAAGAUGGCAAAGGGAGUUGAUGGCAUUUACAAGAAGGCUCUGCAGGAAGCUGCUGUGAGGUUUGAAGAGCUAAAAACACAGAAGGAACUGAGGCAGCUACAGGAAGACAAAAAGAACGAUAAGAAGCCCCCUCCUUACAAACAUAUCAAGGUGAACCGGCCUGUAGGCAAAGUGCAGAUCUUCACUGCAGACUUGUCUGAGAUCCCACGUUGCAAUUGCAAGCCGGGUGAUGAAAACCCCUGUGGCCUAGACUCUGAGUGUAUUAAUCGCAUGCUGCUCUAUGAGUGUCACCCUGCUGUCUGCCCUGCUGGGGAACGUUGCCAAAACCAGUGUUUUACCAAAAGGCAGUAUCCUGAAGUGGAAAUAUUCCGCACACUGGCAAGAGGCUGGGGCUUGCAAGCCAAAAGAGACAUUAAAAAGGGUGAGUUUGUCAACGAAUAUGUGGGAGAGCUGAUAGAUGAGGAGGAAUGCCAGGCCAGAAUCCGCUAUGCCCAAGAGCAUGAUAUCACCAACUUUUAUAUGCUAACUUUGGACAAGGAUCGAAUAAUUGAUGCUGGACCAAAAGGCAAUUAUGCUCGAUUUAUGAACCAUUGCUGCCAGCCAAACUGUGAGACACAGAAGUGGUCAGUGAAUGGAGAUACUCGGGUUGGCCUUUUUGCGCUCAUAAAUAUCAAAGCUGGGACUGAGCUGACUUUCAACUACAACCUGGAGUGUUUGGGGAAUGGGAAGACAGUUUGCAAAUGUGGUGCUCCAAACUGCAGUGGUUUCCUUGGAGUAAGACCAAAGAACCAGCCACCUGCCUCUGAAGAGAAGUCCAAGAAGUUCAAGAGGCGGCAUGGGAAGCGCAAAUCCCAAGCAGAGAUUAUGAAGGAGCGUGAGGAUGAAUGUUUCAGCUGCGGGGAUGGAGGGCAGCUGGUUUCCUGUAAGAGGCCAGGCUGCCCAAAGGUGUACCAUGCUGACUGCCUCAAUCUGACCAGGCGUCCUGCAGGGAAAUGGGAAUGCCCUUGGCACCAGUGUGACGUGUGCAGCAAAGAGGCAGCUUCCUUCUGCGAGAUGUGCCCCAGGUCCUUUUGCAAGCAGCACCGAGAGGGCAUGCUCUUCAUCUCUAAGCUGGACGGACGCCUGUCCUGCACAGAACAUGAUCCAUGCGGACCUAACCCUCUAGAGCCAGGAGAGAUUCGUGAGUAUGCGCCUUCCACAGAAUCGGCAGCUGGCUGCCAAAACACGCAGCCAUCAGACGAGCAGCCUGCGGCUACAGGCCCGAAAUCUCAGCCGUCAGAGAGGCUACCUCUGACUGUGGCCCUGAGGCUGCAACCCUCAGAUAAGCCACCUUCCUCUUCAAUGGCUCUGAGGCUAAAGUCCUCAGACAAGCAGCCUUCCUCUGUCGCGCUGAAGCUGCAGUCCUCAGAUAAAGCACCCUCCACCGUGGCACUGAGGCUACAACCAUCAGACAAGCUGCCCUCCACCCUGUCCCUGAGUUUAAAACCCUCAGACAAAUUGCCCUCCACCCUGUCCCUGAGGUUAAAGCCCUCAGACAAGUUAUCCUCAGCCCUUGCCCUUAGGUUGCAGUCGUCAGAUAAGCCGCUCUCUGCCGUGGCGCUCAGGCUACAUCCCUCAGAAAAAUCGCCCUCCACGGUGGCCCUGAGGUUACAGCCCUCUGAAAAACAGGCUUCUGCUGUUGCCCAGAAGUCACAACCAUCAGAAAAGCUAUCCUCCACCGUAGCUCAUGAGUCACAGCUAUCAGACAAGCCGGUCACUGGAGAGGCACCAGGACCUCAGGACAAGCCACCUGCUCCGGAGGCAUCGGGACCUCAGACAACAGACAAAAACUCCACAGUGAAACCACCAGGAUCCAAGAAGUCAGAACUGUCACCUACUGCAGGCAUACCCAGGUCUCAGAAUUCGGAGGAACCUCCUGCUGCAGAGAUACCAAAGCUCCAGGCGUUGGACAAGCCUGCUGAUCCUGAAUCUCCAAGGCCUCAGCCACUGGACAGGCCCAUUUCUCUUGGCCCAACACCCAAGCCCUCGGGCAAGUCUGUUGCUCCACUGAGCCUACGAUCUCAGCCAGUGGUCAGACCAGUCACCCCCAUAGCCCUGAGGUCUAAACCAUCAGAAAAGCCAGCCACUCCUGUAGUCCCACAGCCACAGCCGCCCAACAGGGUUUCUACCCCAGCAGAUGCUCGGCCCAUGCCAUCAGACAAGCCUUCCACUACCACAGGUCUGAGGCCUCAGCUUCCUUCCCCACUAAGCCUGAGGCCUUUGCUUUCAGAGAAAGCACUGAGGCCUGUUGACCAGAACGCUCAGCCAAAAGAAAGGGGCUCUGUGACCGUGGAGCAGACUCCUCAGCAGAAAGAGCGGACAUCUGUAUCCGAGGAGCAGCCUUGCAGGCCUACAGGGAAAUUUUCGGGCUAUGUUGGGCAAGCAGCCCGCCCUCUAGAGAAUUUUCAAAUACACGAACAGACCCCUUGGCAUGGUGCGAAAGGACUGCAAUCGGUGGAGCAAUCACUUUGGACAGCUGAGAAACUGCAGUCUCCUGAGCACAGUCUUUGCUCAGGCCAAGAAGCCGCAUCUGCACCUUCCACGGAGCAGCCAUUUUGGCCCACAGAUAGAUUGUGUGCAUUUGAACAACCCCUUUGGCCUGCAAGAGAAGCUCCACUGCCUUCUGGACAGGCAUCGUGGCUGCCCAGAAACAUUCAAACGUUGGAGCAGAUCUCUUGGCUCUCUGGGAAAGCACAAACGCCUGUGGGGCAGGACAUUUUGCCUUUGUCUGAACAAAACGUGGUGCUAGUACUGAACCAGGAUUCCCCUGGCCAUGAACCUACUGAGUCUAAACCUUAGUGAAGCCAGUUCGAGGCCAGACGGGUCACUAUUUUUGUUUUGUUUGUUUUUUUAUUGUAUGGGGAAGGGUAUUUUGUUUCUUGGGUUGUUUUUUUUUAAAAAAUUCACUUCCCCAGAUCCUUGACCUUCCAACAUCCCACCCAAACUACCCACCUACAUUUACCUAAAUCCGAACGAUGCCCAGUCAAGCAGCAAGAAUGUAGAUGGCCUGUUCCGUCUUCAUUUUGGAAACAAUAAAGCUGAAAUAAAGGAAUCCACUGUGGAUAAUAAUCUCUAAUUCCAUUGAAAUAAUCAAAAUUACUAACCUUGCAUGUCUGAGUGACAGGCGUGCAUUAAUGGUGUGUCUCCUAGAUUAGCUCCUACACCGUUCCAAAGAAGUAGCUUCAUUCCAUCUCACUAGUUGCAAGCCAGCCAUUCUGUACUGGCACCUUGCAUUUCCUAAACAAUUCAACUGAUGGAAUCCCGUCACUGGAGAAGCGAAGCGAAGGGACCUGACAGUUUCCUCCCUAGUUUUCAUUUCUCAAAGUUCUUUUAGGAGAGUGUUUUGCUUGAGAAUAUGCUGCCAGGGCACAACAAAUACAGGUGCUUUUUGAAGAAACAUUACUUGAAGUUAGCUGAGAAGCCCAGUUCCACUAGGUGGAACUGUCUGCUCCUCUGUGAACAGCUGAAGCUCCUUCACAGACCUUAUAAUUGGAGGUGGGGGGAAAAGAAAUUCAGGGAUACCAUCUGCUAGCAUUCUUAUCCUGGGACUUGGAUCUCUAGCACAGUAAAGUCAGAGCCCCCACAUAGGCAGAAUUUUGACCACUAAAGGCAACAGCAGGUUAGACAAAUGAGUCAAUCUCUCUUCUGAAUUUUUGUGGUGCAUCAUUGCUGUUACCUAACUUUUUUCAGUCUUUGCAACAAGAAUUAUUAGUGUUUUUGGACAAAUGAAACUAAUCCCCCCCCCCCGUCCACUACAAGCAGUUGCUUAGGAAUCAUGUUUGCAUUGUUUACAGUAGUCCUAACUAUUUGGGGUGCAUUCCUCUGGCUAACGUGUAUCACCUCAGAAGGCAGAACAGAACUAAUAGCCCAUUUGAGAAUAAAUGUUUCCAGGAUAGAAAGCGUGUUUUAUUAAUCUUACCUUGAUUAGUCUCCAGCUUAAAGUAUUUCCCAUCUUACCAAAAAAUACUGAAACAAAAACUUGAAUUUAACUGAGCUACACUGAAGAAUAUCUGCAUGUCAGAAACAGAAGUAGCUGAGGUCAUAGUUCUCACACUGGAACACUAAGGGCUGCAGCAGCUGGCUUAGAUCUCUCUUCCUUUCUUCAUCUCUCUUUCCCAGUUAGUGCAGCGCUUUAUGCCUGGUGCGUAACCAGGCUGGUAUUAUGCAUAACUCUGGUGGAAGCAGUUAUUGUUACCCAACCAGACAUAAAUGCAGCUUGCUAUGGUGCUGGUUAGAUAUUGUUGAUGAACUAUAUUGAGGAUCAGAGAAGUUAUUGCUUACUUGGCCCUGAAUAUGUCUAGGUUUCUUCAUAUCUUGGCUGUAGGAGAGACAAGCAAGCAUACCAUGCCAAUAUUUCACAUGAUGGUUUCAGUUAGACACACUGAUGUCUGGAAGCAGCUUAACAAUCUCUCUCUCUCUCUCUCUCUCUCUCUCUCUCUCACACACACACACACACACACACACACACACCUUUCCUGCUAACUUUUGCCUCCUUUUCAUGUUCUAUUGGCCUGGAUAGCUGAAGUCGCACAGUCUGUCAUGCUUCAGCUUCAAGCAGCAAAUGUGGCCAGCUCCUUAUUUGCCCUUUUUAGAUUUCCAGGUGUUGUUUGUUGUUGUUUUUUUGCACAAAGCAGAAGUUCUGGUUUCUAUGUAAACCCUGAUCCUCUUACUUUGAAGCAUAUAUCAUUGGGGUAUUCAGAUCCUCUGUAGAAUUGCAAUAGUACUACAGUUGAUCCUAUACAGUGGCAGUUCAAAUUCUGACCCAAUACUUUUUUCAAUGCUGGCUUUCCACAAUGAUGGUACCUGCUGGGCACUACAAAACAUUCCCCCCCCCCACUGUGCAUCUCAUCCUCUCCCCUGAAUCAUUUCCCUCUCUCUCCAAAGCUAGUGACUUUGCAAAGCGUUAUGGCUAAUGGAAUCUUAGUUCUUAACAUUGGUUUUCCUCGAAGACCUGCAGGCUCAGCGGUUGCUUAUUGCUGAAAAUGGGGAAAUGCAAGUACAUUUUGGUUUCUGCGUGACUCCUGCACAAAGGGAAACAGGACAACUCUUCUGAACGAGACAGAAACAAGAAGCCAAGGGCAUUUUACUAAAAACCUUUUUUAAAACAAAACGAUCACCUUUUUAAACAAGCAAGCCAAACCAAUCACGAGGUUCAGUAUGUUAAAUAUUUCUCAUGUGUGGAAAAUAAUAAUAAUAAAGCUCUAAAUUUUACAUAUUUAGGCCUUCCCGUGAGCUGGACUUUGUCAUGUAGAUUGUGUGUUUAGGGCUUCCUUUGUGCCAGACCCCACCCCAAGCCAGCUGUACCUGUAACAAGAAAGAUGCCUGCACUGCUUUGUCCAACUCUGUUCUUGCAAUGUCAUGUGUUUUUAACUAGCUAUUUGUUUCAUGGAAAAACAACAACAAUAAACUGUGAAUAUUUUUGGUGGAGGCUGUUUUAAAUCUUUAAAACAGAGAAAAGUCCAUUUUGCAUUAAUUCUCCUGAGUGUAGGUGCUAGGGGUCAAGAAUACGUGACACGGUAGGGGAUCUGUGCAGCAGCACAUUCAGAAUCCUCAUCUAGGAACUCCUGCUUAAAGUCAGUCGGAUUUUUGCAUGGCAUUUCAGCCCCUGUUGUCUGCUGCCGCCCUGCUUUCUCCUUUUCCCUCAAGAGCCUCUCUGUACAGAUUCAGUUUUGCCGCCGCCUCCCUCCCUGAAGGACUUGUUUUGUAGAAACAAGAAGCUGAUCAAUUAAACUGGGCAUCUGAAGUAGAAAGUGUCACGGAUGUAUGUGUGGAGUGUGCGUACCUGCAUGCCUGUAGCACAACUUUAUACUGAUAGCAUCUCUCCAAGUCUGGAGACUGGUGUCUGGUUUGUUAUGGUGAGUAAGGAGAAAAUCCCAAGGUGCAGAUUAAGAGAAAUGCUACGCAGGAACCUCACCCAAUCGGCACCUUCAACCCAAAGCAGGGGUGGUUUCCUAUGUGAAAUGGGAAGAGCCAGUCACUCCCAUAAGACACAACAUUCAAUUAGGAAGGGACACUGGCCAAGCAGAAGCCAAGUGCUGUUUGACGCUGAGGGAUCCAGAAUGCAAACAGACACAGGCUAGGAGAGUGCUGGGAGAGAUAUUUGACCUGAAUGCUUCCCCUGUUGUGUACCCUCUUACCUAGUGUGAAUCAGCUACCUUUCCAAGAGCUGGGCUGCCAGAAACAAAAUUGAAUCCUGCUUCUUAAAAUGGUCCAGGCAUGUUCUAUUCUGCUGUUGCUUAUGUGGUACUUUGCUAGGGGUGUGAGCAUGGCAAGCGGCUUCUGGUGCGCAAAUCUUACACACUCCCCAUCAUGUUUCUAUAUUUCAUGCAGAAAAUAAGGUGCUAUAAUGCUGGGGUCUAGUGGGACAUAGAGCUUUGCACAUUUUGUGCUUGAAAAUCUGUGCCAAGAGGCCAGAUCUGUGGCAAGAAAAGCUGAAUUGAAUACUGUGACAUUUGGAUCAUGCAGAAAAAGAGAUUUGUAUAUGUUUGCUUAUUUCAUAACUUACUCUGUUUCUGUUAAUCAUGGGAAGGGGCAAAGAACUAGGUAUGACAACAAAUUUUGCCCAGCAACUCUCCUCCACCCAUGAGUAUCUGAAAUUAAACCAGGAAUCCCCCACCCCACCUUUUUUUUUUUUUGCAGCCUUAGAACCUUUUUUUUUUUUACACAAAACAAUUGAAAAGAUGAUUCAGCAGCAUCCUGAGCUUCUCAAGUGCCAGAUUCUACACUAGCUCCAUAGUUUCAUGGAAUAAUAGACUAUAGUGGAGUCAGGUAGUUGUACUUGCACCCUUGACUGGCAUUGUUUACAAUGAAGCUAACAAAAUACAAUUUCCACCCCAUUUAUAAAAUAUUCACAGGUAAUUAAAAUUUUGCCACAUGAAAAAUAAGUAGUUGCUGUACAGAAUGGUGCAGAUCAUUCUCCAGAAAUCAGGUGUUCUGUCUCUGUGCUUUUCCCCAUUGGAUGUUUCUCCAAAAGUUAGGGCGCCAACAGGACUGGGAUUAGAUCAGCUGCAAGUGCCUAGAUCUGUUAAAAAGAUGUUCAUGUUUAUUUUUGAGCAAUCAGGGUAUUUAUAGCAGCUCAACAGGGUAUACCUCUAUUCAGUGCUCCCCUCUGCCCCUCUCACUUUAAUGUUGCAAGAAUUACUUCCCUUUUCCCCUGGGUCGUUGCCUGAAGAGUGUUCUCUUUAUGUUAAAAUAUUUGGAAACUCCCCAUCUGUGCAAUUGACUAACAUGCUGCUUAGAGCACCUGUGAUGGGAAUUUCCUAGAAUGCAUCACCUUUUGCAUUAUCCUGUGGCUACUAAGGUGGUUAUUUGAUUGGUUUAGGGCAGGGGUGAAGAGCAGAUGUUGAACUCCAACUCCCUCACCCUGACCUUGCUAGCUCGGGCUGAUAGGAAUUGUAUGCCAGUGUCUAGAGGGGACACAGGAUCCCCACUCCUGGUUUAGGAUGCAUACUUUGGAAUGGAGGAGCUGAGCUGUAGGCUUUUUAAAUAAUAAUAAUAAUAAAUAAUAAUAAUCGUGACAACAUUUGGAAUAGAUUUUAAACAUUCUGCAGACUACAUAAUUGUGCUGAAACGGAAUAAAGCCUUUCCCCUUUCCGUCAAAUCUGCAUGACUGGUAAGAUACAGAAAUUUGUUAACAAAUGCAUUGAGUGUGUGACAUUUUGCAGUAUUGAUGGAUUCCCUUCCGUGGGAGUCAGAGGGCUAGGGAUGCUGGGAAUGUGAUGAUUUUAACAAGUAUUGGAUUUCAUGUCUGAAAGCAAGAGAUGUCAGAGCACAUUUCUCAAGUACUGACGGCAGGCAGGAAUAGAAGUUAUAUUUUAAAAUGGCCACAUUUUUGCCUCCCAUGCUCCCAGACUCUGAUUUUCUGGAAGAUGGGAUCAGUGUGUACAAACGACACUUAGUUCCUAUUCUCCCUACUGAGGCAGUGUGGUCUCUUGAAAGUGAAUGCUUGCAAGGGUAUUUGUGCAUAGUAAACCACUUCUCAGCCUACGCAGAGCAUCAUCUUGGAAACAUCUGGAAUUUCACUAACCCUAUUCCCUUGAGUGGGUGCUAAGCAGAUGUGGCAUGGGGCAGCUAAGUGCCAUUCCUUCCAUUUCUCCUCAGCAGCAUCACAGGGCAUAUUCCUUUGCUGUAGCAGCUUAUUUCAGUAAUGUAUGGUGUGGUGCUUUUGAAUUGUUCAGGUCUGUAAUACAUUGGGAGAGAGAAACUCUUCUCUAAUCGUUUGACAGUCCCACCCCACCCCCAUAUUUGUUCCAAAGGGGUUUGGGCAGGGCUAAGACUGGAGAGCUCUCCCCACUCAUUUAGCUGCUGGUACAGAAAUGGAGUAGCGUGUAGUGCUAACAUGAGCUGGAGAUGAAAUAUUGCAUUUCUCCAAGCUGUAUUGCUUUGCCCUCAGGCAGUAUGCUGCAUGCUGACUCUCCCAGACUCUCUGCUGGGAGCUGUGACUGAACAGAGCAAUUGCAGGAGAAGUCCUGUUCUGCAAUGACACUCCAGUGCAUAAUUGCAGUAUUUCUGCAUGAAUAAUGGGGAAGGAAUUCUUUUCAGUGCAUAUAUUGUGGUUACCAACAGUCAAGCAUAAUGUCUUUUUACAGAGCUGUCCUAUUCUCAUCUACGUUCUCUACAAAUGGCCGGCAAGGGAAAUGCUUUACAGUAUCUACAUUAGAAGAAGAGGAAGAGUUUUGGCUCGUGGAUUCUUAUUUUUCCUCCCCUGACUCAUUUAACUGUGUGUGUGUAAAAACUAUGACAAUGAAAAACAAAGUUGUCCUACCCAAAUGUUCCCAAAAUAUGUACUGUAAUUCUUUGUAUAUAAAAGAAAGCAAUUACUGUAAAGUAAAGUUUAACUUUGCUCUUGA